GUGAUUAAUGAAGAGGGCGUGGUUAUGAAUGAAAGGGGGCGUGGCGAAAGCGAUUGGUGGGCAUGGCUACGCAAAGGGGGCGUGGCCCAGCUGGGGGCGUGGCGCACGGCGUACGCGGUGCUGGCGGUGGCGGCGAUGCUGCGGCUGGCGCUGCGCUCCUCCCGGCUCUGCUGGGGCCCGGCCCGCCCGGGGGCUCCUCUCUCGGCCGCUCCGCUCUCGGCCGCCGCCGCCUCGCCCAUCCCCGCACCCAACCCGCGCCCUGAGAUCGCCUACAAUAAGAUUUUUAUAAAUAACGAGUGGCACGAUGCAGUCAGUAAGAAAACCUUCCCAACUGUCAACCCUGCAACAGGAGAAGUUAUCUGCCAGGUUGCCGAGGGCGAUAAGGCCGAUGUGGACAAGGCUGUUAAGGCAGCCAGGGCAGCUUUCCAGCUGGGCUCGCCCUGGAGGAGGAUGGAUGCUUCUCACCGCGGGAAGCUGCUGAAUCGCCUGGCUGACCUGAUUGAGAGGGACCGGGCUUACCUGGCGGCGCUGGAAACUCUGGAUAAUGGCAAACCCUACUCCAUCUCCUACCUGGUGGAUCUGGACAUGGUGGUCAAAUGUCUCAGGUACUUCGCAGGCUGGGCUGAUAAAUUCCACGGCAAAACCAUCCCUUUAGACGGGGACUUCUUCUGCUACACGAGACAUGAGCCCGUGGGAGUCUGUGGACAGAUAAUCCCGUGGAACUUCCCGCUGUUGAUGCAGGCGUGGAAACUGGGGCCUGCCCUGGCUACUGGGAACGUGAUCGUGAUGAAAGUGGCCGAGCAAACCCCCCUGAGUGCCCUCUACGUAGCAAACCUGAUCAAGGAGGCCGGAUUCCCCCCAGGCGUGGUGAACAUCAUCCCUGGCUACGGGCCCACUGCGGGGGCUGCCAUCUCUUCCCACAUGGACGUAGAUAAAGUGGCCUUCACAGGCUCCACAGAGGUUGGGCACCUGAUCCAGAAGGCUGCAGCAGAGAGUAACCUGAAGCGGGUGACGCUGGAGCUCGGAGGGAAGAGUCCAAACAUCAUCAUGUCUGAUGCCGACAUGGACUGGGCUGUGGAUCAAGCCCACUUUGCCCUCUUCUUCAACCAAGGGCAGUGCUGCUGUGCCGGAUCCCGAACAUACGUCCAGGAAGAUAUAUAUAAAGAGUUUGUGGAGAGGAGCGUUGAGAAAGCCAAGUCCAGGGUGGUUGGAAACCCGUUUGACUUUAAAACAGAGCAGGGGCCUCAGGUGGACGAAGAGCAGUAUAAGAAGAUCCUUGGCUACAUCAGUGCCGGGCAGCGGGAAGGAGCCAAGCUGCUGUGCGGUGGCAGCCCCGCUGCAGACAGAGGCUACUUCAUCCAGCCAACUGUCUUUGGAGAGGUGCAGGACAACAUGACGAUCGCCAGGGAAGAGAUAUUUGGGCCUGUCAUGCAGAUUCUGAAGUUCAAAACAAUCGAGGAAGUAAUUGAGAGAGCAAACGACUCCAAGUAUGGUCUGGCAGCAGCAGUCUUUACGAAGGACCUUGACAAAGCUAAUUAUGUGUCUCAGGCCCUGCGAGCCGGGACAGUUUGGGUGAACUGCUAUGAUGUGUUUGGUGCACAAGCCCCAUUUGGUGGCUACAAAGCAUCUGGGAAUGGGCGAGAGCUGGGAGAAUAUGGUCUGGAGGCAUAUGUAGAGGUGAAAAAUGUAACCAUCAAAAUCCCCCAGAAAAACUCCUAAAGGACAACGUCCUCCCCCACGUAUGGAGGACACCUAUGCAGCUUUGUGAGGAAUAAAGCAAAGGAAGCCUCUGUCACACGCCAAGCUUAGGUGGCAGCCGUGUAACUGCGUUAAGAAAUUACAUGUAACGCUUCGGAAGGUGCCCGGAGGAGCUCUGCCUUCAGCCUACUGCAGCCCUGUUGCAGCUGAUGAAUGUUUUGGGUUGAUUCCCCCAGAAAAUCAUUUAUUUGCUUGUUUGCGGUAGCUUUGUAAGCGCUUCACGGCUCCCCCCCCGUGCUGCGUGAGGGGUGCUCCCCUUUUGUACCUGCGCACAAAAUAAAGAGUUUUGUCACUAAA